AUCGAAAUGAACAAAUGUAGCAUGUUAAUCUGUUAACCAUUUUCUUGACAAAUAAAACUUUAUCACUAUGACAACAACAUAUCAUUCACAUUGUACACCAAAUCGCAGUGUCAUAGGAACAUUUUAUAGUCAGAUUUUGGUGCUCAAGGAUCUUCAAAGCCUCUCAACUCAAGAUUAUCCUCCAUGGGCAAAUCGCGUGAUUACUGCUGAAAAGCAGCGUCGUAAAGAGUUUGGUCAUACACGUCCUACCAAGGCUGAAAAGUCCAGAAUCCUCACGAUUGGUGAAACUGAAGAUAAAAUCCAUGAUGACUUCAGUACCCUCAGCUUGAGCUCGUUAGACAACGAUACAGACCUGCCGGGCCUUAUUUUUGAUACUGAGACACAAAAAAUGAUUAGAGCCGCAAGACAGGCUUUGAGGCGACGAAGCGGAGCACGCUGUCUAUACUCUGAUGGGUCCUAUUCUCCCCACUACAGCGCCCGGGCUCGUGUAAGCUUUGGUGUUACUUUUUUGGAUGAAGAUGGCAUUUACAGGCCUGCCGUUUAUGGGACAGUUCAGGAUAUCAACGAUAGCAGGGGACCCUCAUCAAAGGCUGAAAUCGUGGGCUUUUUAGCCGCUAUAUUGUGUUGUCCAAGGUAUCAACCAGCAGCAAUAUUCAUUGACGCCUUAUCGGUUGUCCAUGGGUUUGUUAAUCAUAUUCAAUCCAAUACCAUCCCCAGUAAGCCAUCACGGCCAAAUGCUGAAUGGUGGAAACUUGUUCAAACUGCCUAUGCUCAACAAGGGCGAAUGGUUGUGGCGGCAUGGAUACCUGGGCAUAGUGGGGUUGAGGGGAAUGAAGCAGCGGACAAGCUCGCGACUACGUCUCAUUCAUCAAGACUUCUGCCUUGGGAUUUAGUAAACAAGGAUAUGAGUCCAGAGCUCAAAAUAUGUUUGCUGCGUGCGCUUGAAUCUAUCAAUAAUACCCAUUUUCAGCUGCACAAACUGGUUGAAUAA